AUGAAAGAUCAUCAAAUGGGUGAAUGUUUGUUAUUUCUUGUUGGUGUUAUGGUUUUAUCCAUGGCACAUUCAAAAGCUGAUCAGAAUGAAAAUUGGUGGAGUGAGACUGUUCCAUACAAAAUGGGUACGGAAAAGAUGACAAAGUUACAUUUUUACUUCCACGACACGGGAAAUCCAACGGCUGUCAAGAUUGCUGAAGCGCCGGGGAGUAACAGUUCUGCAACAAGGUUCGGGGAAUUGUACAUGACGGAUGACCCAUUGAGUGAAGGACCAGACCCAAAUUCUAGACUUGUCGUUCGAGCUCAAGGCUUAUAUGGAACUUCUGGAAUGAAUGAGUCGUCUUUGAUUAUGGGCAUAAGUCUUGUUUUCGUAGGUAACAAGAAGUUUAAUGGUUCAACCAUCAGUGUGUUUACCAGGAAUCCGAUCACUCAUAAAGAACGGGAAUUUGCGAUCGUUGGUGGAACCGGAUAUUUUCAAUAUGCCCGUGGGUUUAUAACUGCUAAGCCAUACUGGGCUAAUGGUAAAAAUGCUACUGUGGAGUACAGUUGUACUAUUGUUCACUAUUGA